UGGACAGAUGUAGCGCAUGCGCACAUCGCAGCUGGCUUGCGUGUCAUGUUGAUGAAUGCUGAAACUGGAAAGCCAACAUGUCCACCGCUGCUGCUCAACAAAACAAUAACGAGGAGCCCGGGCUUCACGGCUCUUGGGUAGAGCUGGAGCUGAACGGGAACCCAGCGGCCCACGGUGCACAGACCAGCCCGCCAACGACGCCCGCUGCAGACCAAAUAAACGCAAAUGCUGGCGUGAGUCCGGCUCUGCAGAACCUGGAGGUGGUUCCGGAGAGCGACGAGACCUUGAUCGGAGGUCUGGAGCACGUGCCGUCGUCGUCCUCCAUCCACAACGGAGACAUGGAGAAGAUCCUCCUGGACGCCCAGCACGAAUCCAGCCAGAGCAGCUCCUCCUGUGACAGUCCUCACAGGCCACCGAGUCCAGAGCAGGACGAGGGCCAGAUAACGUUCGACGUGGAGAUGUCCAGCCUCAAAGACAGUCAGUCAGAGGACGACGGUCCAGAGAAGGACAGAGAAGAAGACAUCCUGAUGAACAAAGAAGUAGACUGGGUCUCUGAUUGGUCCAGCCGACCCGAAAACGUCCCACCAAAGGUGUUCCACUUCAGGCACCCCCGGCGUUCGGUAUCUCUCAGUAUGAGGAAGAGUGGAGUCAUGAAGAAAGGGGGCAUCUUUUCUGCCGAAUUCCUCAAAGUCUUCAUCCCUUCCUUACUCCUCUCACACAUCCUCGCUCUCGGCAUCGGGGUGUACAUUGGGAAGAGAAUUGCCACAGCCUCCAGCAGCUCUUACUGAGCAGAAGAUGAAGCCGUGCCUCUCCGAGCGUCCCAUCCAUCCUCCUGUGGUCCAGCUGUCUCUCUGCCCACAUUUCCCUUCCAGUCAGCAUUCAAUCCAGUCACAUUGAUAUUAGUUAUAGAGUUAUACACACAUGCCGUAACGUGGUUGCACGCCAUCCUAUUCUGACACAGGGGCAGCUAUCACCGACUUGAAUCCAGAACAUGACAGACCGCGAUGCCCCGAAAUUCCACCAGGCGCGUUGCAUCUGCGCUGCAUUCAAAGCCAUUGCGGCAACUCAAGGCAAAAGCUUGUGAUUCCACCAGACGCGACGCAGAAGCGAUUCUCAGCUCUGCUCCGCAAAAAAUACGCACCAGGUCUAGGUUUGACGGAGCUGCGGACGCAGAUCUUCCUCUGCAGAGCUGUGGAGGAGGAAGGUCUGGCAAAAGCGAGAUUAUAACUGGACUAAAUUCUGAAAUGGAAGAAACCAUUUAGCUGCAGUAUGGAGACUACUUACUUAUAUAGUAAAAGCACAAAUAUCAAGGAGAAAUUCACCAAAACAACAAUUUCUGCGAGUCGGGCAGGCAAGACGCUCCGCUAUGACGCAUGGCGUCUGCUAUGACGCAUGGCGUCCGCUAUGACACAUGAUGGACGACGGAACAAAGCCACGGCACUGCCGAAACGCAGCACGUCUGCGUCUGGUGGAAUUCGGGAGUUAGAGCUGCAAAAACAUGAGGCUACAUCUACACUACUACGUUUUAGUUUGAAAACUAAAUAUCUUUUGCUACGUUUACGCCUCGCGUCCAGUGGUGUAGUCUGCGUGAUACGCAGGUAUACGGAGUAUACCCACUAGGAAAGGUCAAGGAUUUCAGUAUACCCACUUACAAAAUCGCAGGGA